UACCUCCCCGAGCUUGGCGCGAAGUUUUCACGUGGCAUUGACGCGUUACCGGUUGAAGGGGAUUUUUUACAAACCCGAAGCAAAUCGAAUUUUUUGUUCAAUCGGUUGAGAAAAGGGGAAGAGAAGUAUUAAGCUUGUUCAGUAAAACUAUAAUAACAGUGAUUCUAACAGAUUAUUUGGUGAUGUAUUGUGAGCGUUAAUAGGAGUGCAAUUCGAUGAAGGAAUAAAUUUCACCCGAAAACGGAAACCGGUGUUAAGAAGAGUGCAAAAGCGAGCUUGCAAAAUUGAAAGUGAUUUAGCGCAGGUGCUGCGUAUACAACACUCCUUACAGGAUUUAUGCGAAACGAGCAGAAGCACUUCAUUCUGUUUCGGUGAGAAACCAUCAUCAUACUUUAAAGGGUAAUCAUUGGCACACUCCGCGCAGUCAUGGAAGAUGAAGCACUUAAAAAAGACAGCCGAAAGGGAUCUUUUGAAGCCGACGAUCUCAACAGCAAUGGAACGAAAAAAGGCGGAGAUGGUGGCGAUGGGGAAAUUACACUUAAACCCAAAAUGACUCUAGUCAACGGAGUAACGGUUAUUGUAGGAUCGAUUAUCGGCUCCGGAAUCUUUGUUUCGCCAACCGGUGUGCUUAUCAAUACCGGCAGUGUCAACAUGUCAUUGGUUGUUUGGGUUCUGUCAGGAUUGUUUUCAAUGGUUGGUGCAUAUUGCUAUGCUGAGUUGGGAACGAUGAUUAAAAAAUCCGGAGCUGAUUAUGCGUACAUUAUGGAAACAUUCGGACCUUUCUUGGCGUUCAUUCGAUUAUGGAUCGAGUGCAUGAUCGUACGUCCUUGCUCGCAAGCGAUCGUUGCUCUGACAUUCAGUGUAUACGUUCUGAAGCCCUUCUUCCCCGAAUGUCAACCCCCAGAGGAUGCUGCCAGACUGCUGGCCGUUUGCUGCAUAUUGGUUCUGACGUUCGUUAACUGUUGGGACGUGAAAUGGGCUACUGCCGUCCAGGACAUCUUCACCUACGCCAAAUUGCUGGCUCUAUUCAUCAUUAUAGGUACCGGAGCAUUCUAUCUGUUCAAAGGCAACACGGAGUACUUUACCUUCGACAACACGAAAACUGAGGUCACCUCGCUGGCACUAUCGUUCUAUUCUGGUUUAUUCGCCUACAAUGGAUGGAACUAUCUGAACUUCAUCAUAGAAGAACUUAAGGAUCCUGUAAAAAAUCUACCUCGUGCCAUCGCCAUCUCCUGUACUCUAGUCACGGUAGUGUACGUCUGCACUAACGUAUCCUUCUAUACUGUCCUAUCGCCGGAGGAAGUGCUUGGUUCGGAAGCGGUUGCUGUUACCUUCGCAGAUCGCGUAUUCGGAAUAUUCGCAUGGACCAUACCAGUUUUUGUGGCGCUUUCCACCUUCGGUGCCGUUAAUGGAAUCCUGCUGACGUCAUCGCGGCUUUUCUAUGCGGGUGCCUGCGAAGGCCAAAUGCCCGAGAUUCUAACAAUGAUUCAAAUUCAACGAUUAACGCCAACCCCUGCCGUGUUGAUUAUGGCGCUACUAUCGAUGGUGUACCUGACAGUCUCGGAUAUUUUCGCAUUGAUCAACUACGUAGGAUUUGCAACAUGGCUGAGUAUCGGAGUUGCUGUCCUCUGUCUACCAUGGCUGCGCUGGAAGCAACCGGAUUUAACCCGUCCAAUUAAGGUCAAUCUGCUGUUUCCAAUUUUCUACCUAAUCGCCACAGUAUUCGUCACCGUAGUUCCUAUGAUUGCUAGCCCAGUCGAGACUGGCUACGGACUACUUAUGAUUCUGUCCAGUAUUCCCGUCUACUUUUUAUUCAUCGCGUGGCGAAACAAACCGAAAUGGUUCAACCAUUCAAUGGGAGGAGUCACGAAAUGUUUACAGAAGUUGAUGAUGGUGGUGCGACCGAAACAAAAAUAAAUUUCGCUUACCGCACCGCACAGUCAGUUGGAAAAGUGGCCAUCACUCGCUUCCUGCAGAAAAUGCUCAUGGUCGUUGGAAAGACCAAACCAGCUCAGGUUUAAAUCAAAUCACCUUCAUAGUAGCGGAUCCACACAAGCUAAACUACUUCCGAAGUCAUAAACGCCAUAAAGCAUAGCAUGUAUUACGUUUAGGAAAAUCUCCAUGCAGAGAUGUUUAAACCGGACCAGAACACAAAAAUUACGAAAUAGUACCGGAAAUGUCAAGUGAUAAAUUUUCAGUUUAAAUCACAAAGUGGUGAGAUGUAUAACUUAGCGUUAUUUUCGAAUAUGUUGUAGUGUAGUAUUUCAUUGUUAGACUCGUUUUAAAAGAUAACCAUUCUACAAAGGCUGUUUGUGUCUCAGCAGAAACGUUACAUUCCAAUAGUGUUUUAAUAGGCUACAUGGUAUGAGUAUUUGUUUUGUCUUAUUUUAUGUGUAUGUUUAUAAACUGUCAUCGCACAAUACAAAAUGUUCCUUUUUAACACUGAUUGAUUAGUUAUUUCAUUAAGUUGUGAACAAGGGCAGGAAAUCUCCAACCAGGCUCGAUAUAAAAAGAGGAAACAAGGUGUUCAUUUACAAUGACUGAAAAUCCACUAAAUUUGGAACCCAAAACCAGUAAAUGACUGAGUGUUGAAAAUAAAACAUUCCGUAUUCAAGUGAUUUCGUUAUUGUGUGCAUAAAAUUAGAAAUAUCUUUUAUCUUACAAGCGACUAAUUCGAGGUUAGUUUCAUAUCACAACGAAAAUAAUAAUUUUAUCUAAACACCUGGCUUGACAAAAAACUUGUCAUAUAAGCACAACAGAAGAAACCGUUUUAUUGACCAAGAGAUAUCAUUUUCCUGUAUUUAAGUUACUAUAACAACUUCAAUACUAACCAAAUUAAAUGCAAACCAUGCCGCUUCAAAGAACAAAUCUAAGCCACUAUUUGGUCAAAACCAACUAUUGUAAUUAAAUUUAUAAUAAUAAUUGUUUUUAUUGAGGUACAGCUUUGCACCACACAUAUCAUAAACCAACCGGAAUCUCAAAACAAAACAAGUGCACGUUGUAUCUUUGUUAAGUAACUCUUUAUUGUUCAAAUUGGUACACAAUUUCAAACUGUAAAACUCUAACGCUAAAUUGAAGGAUAACGUGGCAAUCUAGAAUCCAAUCUUCUGGUUCUAGCACAAACUCAAAUUAUAUAUACAAAAAGUAACCAACUCAAAUUUUAAUCUCUAAGAGAAAUGUUUUACGUGUGUUUAAUUCAAUGUGGCUGCGUUUAUACUCGCUUGUCUCAAAGCGAAAUAAAUGGCUUGUUCAUCUGAUCUGCCAUACUAAAUGCUAUUAAAAUUAUUAAUUGUUCGGAAACCGAUUUGGUAUGAUGAAAAUGGUGUUUCAAAAAACGGUUACCAAUUAAAAAUCGUACUCUAUACGUUCGUUGAAUCACCGGCAGCAACUAAAGUAAAGUAAACGGUUGAACUGAUUGCAAAAUAAUAUUGUUGACAAUAAUGUAAAGUUUAGUGUAUAGCAUGAGAAAAUUUAUUAAACGAAGCAUACGGUAGGAUUUCAAGACAUAUGCCAACCUGUAUAUACACAUUAUAUUGCAUUAUACACGGCAGG